AGUGUUUUAUAGGUGUGGUUUGUUGUAAGAUGUCUUUAUAUUAAGAGGUGUUGUUACAGACUAAUGUGAAUUUACUUUUUCGGCUCAGCAGCAGAUCUGCACUUCUCUACAUAACCCAACAAUGGCCAGCAAAUACUCCAAAAAUGAACCGAACAUAUACAAUGAUGAGGCACUCAGGAUUGUGUUGGUGGGGAAGACCGGAGUUGGGAAGAGCGCCACAGGAAACAGCAUUCUGGGAAAACUUUGCUUUAAAUCAGAGUUCUCUUUUAACUCUUUGACCGAAGAAUGUGAAAAGGUCUUUGGUGUAGCGGAUGGGCAAUUGGUUUUUGUUAUUGAUACCCCAGGUCUGUUUGACACCAGCAUUGAUGAAAAGAAAACGAGGACAGAUAUUGUCCAGAGCAUUUCUUAUGCUUCUCCUGGACCUCACAUCUUCCUGGUCGUCAUCAGACUGGGCAGAUUCACAGAGGAAGAAAAGAAGACGGUGCAGAAGAUAAAGGAACUGUUUGGUGAGGAUGCAGAAAAAUACAGCAUGGUUCUCUUUACCCAUGGUGACCUGCUCAAAGGGAAACCUUUCGAGGAGUUACUGAAGGACAGCAGAGACCUGCAGGAACUUGUGGCCAAAUGUAACGGCCAGUACCAAGUCCUCAAUAAUGAGGUCAAGGAUCGUUCUCAGGUCAGGGAGCUGCUCAACAAGAUCAGAACUAUAAUAAAGAAGAACGGAGGAAGUCAUUACACCACUGCAAUGUUCCAGAGGGCAGAGAGGGCGAUAGAAGAGGAGAAACAACGAAUCCUUAAAGAGAAAGAAGAGCCACUGAGCGGAGAGAGGGAGAAACAGAAAAAGAAACUAGAGGACAUGUUUAAUAAAAAAAUUAGAGAAGAGAAGUCUGACAAGGAGAGAGAGAAAAAGCUAAUGGCAGCUCAUGAACAAGAAAUGGAAGAGAAAACAAAGCAACUGAGUGAAGUGCAGGAAAAGCAAGCUAGACAAGAAGCUGAGAAAAGCACUGCUGUACACAACAUUAUAGGUUUGGUUGCAUCAACAUUAGCUUUGUGAAAGCAAUAAUAUAGCUGUAUUGAUAUUUGGCUGUAACAUACUGCACCUUGUCCAGUUAAUCCUCUGUGGGGUUUUUUGUUACAGUUUGAAAAUGUUACUGGUUAAUGUUAAUUUACAUAUUUAAAGUGUUGGUUUGUUGUGUAUAAUACCACUUAGCCACCUGGAUACUGGCUCUCUUUUCAUCAAGAAUCACAACUGAAAUAUGAGUCUGACUUUGUGGACAUUUCUUUUUUUAUCAUUGUUAACACCAUGGGUGUGGUUUAAUGUCCUCUGCUGUUAAUAAUUGUACAAGAUGAUCCAUACAUUUUUAGUGGUGCCACAGAUUGUAAAGACUUUGUUGCUAUGCUGAUUAUGAAAUAAAGCUGAUAAUAA